UUCCUUUGUUUGACAAAUGACAGAAUAAAAACAGAAACAAUGUUAGUCAUCAUUUAUUUGUGUUUUGGUUGUGAUCUUCAUUAGAAUGUGGUGAUAUUUGCAUUUGCAGAAAGCCUUGCAUUCGUAUAUCUGCUUUCCAAAACUUUUUACGCUACAAAUAUUGACCUCUAGGUCUAUAAUGAGGAUUAUUCCUUUUGCGAAAAAUCAUGUCGGAAGAGGACUUGAAUCUAUCAAACAACAUGAAAUUGUUGGAAAUCGAAAAUAUUUCUAGCAGAAAAGAAGCCAUCAAAAAACAUACACAUAACCCAUUUCUUCGUAGAAGAUCUAAAUCCCUCUCUAGUAUAAACUUUGGAACAUGUGACUGUUCCAAAAAUGUUCAUAACAUAAAACAUACAACGUCAUUCAAACGAACAAAUAGGAAAAUUUUACGCGAUCCUGUAUUCAAAUUUGUCAAAUUUAAUAAUAACAGUGAAGUGAAAACGUCCAGAGUUAAAUCAAGCGCGUCUAAAAGGAAAGAUAGGUUGUUUGGACAUGGUUCUCAGAAUGAUCAGGACUUUAAAUCGAUCAUCGAUGGAUGUGAACAAUUAAACAUUAAUCUAUGUGACUUCAAGAAAUUCUCAACACAAAGCUUUCUAAGUGCUCGCUCUCCUACUAAAGUUCAGAAAAGUGAAACGUCUAAUGUAGGGACUAGUUGUUCUACACAAGCAAGGAUGAGUUCAGCACCCCCAUGCGAUAUAACAAUUGACGAAUUGGCAAGUUAUUUUGAAACAUUAGUGCAUAUUCCAAAAAAAAUGAGCUCCAUGGCUGAAAUGAUGUAUAUUUGAAGUUUAUUGUAUUUAAUUUUAGGAUAUAAAUAUAAUUUUUUUGUAAAUUUUUCCGAAUAUAUAUUGAUUAUGAAGAAA